UAGCUUGCAGCCACUGCAUCCCCAACUUACGGGGUGCAAUUGUUGAUCUCAAAUGUGACUGGUGAACAUUCCUGAAAGCUGCAGAGUGGAGCUGCCUGAUGGGCUGGGGCUGGAACACACAACUGGGGUAUUCAUCCAGAUGGCCAGGGAUCACAAAGCACAGACCAGCCUCUGACACAAGACACUGAAGUGAGAUGAAUUUCUUGGAAAUGUGCUCUUCCACACCUUAAAAUAGCGCAGGCUGUCCUCUCCCUUCCCAUGUGCUGGAGGGUACCAGAACUGUAAAACAUUCUACAUUUGGCUGCAGCUAAUUUAGCUUUCAUUUUAUAAAACCCACACUAAUCCCCCCAUGUUAAAAAGAAUAUGCUUCCUGCUCAGUUAACUCUGUGUGGCAGGAAGAAAUUCUUCCUUUGUAUUUUUAGCAGCAAAUACCAGCUACAGGCACCAAAGUUUCCCGCUACAUUCCACACCACUUUCCCCAAAUGCACAGGUCUCUUCAUCCAGGAUUGGGGGAUAAAAGGACCGUGGUUCUACAGAUCCAACAAAGCAAUCCCUCCGAUUAAGUGCUUUGGGAACUAAGCACAGGGCAGCACGACGCAUCCCACGGCAGCCAGGAGUAAAACAAAGUCAAAGCCAGGCAGAAUGAAAAAGCCUCGUGGCUCAGGCUUUCCCCUUGAAGCUUUGUAAGUCUCUUCUGCAUUCAGAAGGACUCAAAGCAACCUCGGGAACAGGUUUGAGUCUGGCUCUGUGCAGAAGCACACUGAGAGCAGAGCCUGCGCAGAGGAAUAAUGACUGGCUUAUGUUCUUCCCAGGCAAUGGAGGAAGAGUGCAGGAGGAUGCAUCUGACGACUUCUCUAACCCAAAUCCAGAGGCAAUGAGUGACAACGAGGAGGACUGGCUGGCUCUGAGGCCCCAGGAACCUUCUCCAUCCCAGUGCUGCGGCAGCGGCUGCAAGCCCUGCAUCUAUGAUGUGUACGAGAAGGAGCUUGCACAGUGGGAGAGAGCCAAAGCAAUGCAAGACAAAAGCCUUCUCAUGGGAAAGAAGGAGCAGAGCAAUAAUUCAGAGCUGAAUCCAGAUACAUUCACUGCAUUCAGCGUGAGCUCAGUGGAGCAGCUGACAGAGGACACCUACCAGUACAAAUUUGAAUUACCGGGAAAUAGCAGCCUGCAAUUGAGUUUAGGACAACAUAUCCUGUUAAGAGGAGUGGUGAAUGGUUUGGAGGUCCAGAGAGCCUAUACUCCAAUUAGCCCCAGGAAUGCAGAAGGUUACUUUGAAGUUCUAAUUAAAUGCUAUGAAGCUGGGCUAAUGUCACAAUACAUAAAAACGUGGAAAAGAGGAGACGUGGUCUUUUGGCGUGGGCCGUUUGGAGGGUUCCCAUACCAACCUAAUAAGACAGCUCCAAAAGGAUGCUCGGGCACUGGUGAGGGGAGAUUUGCCUGCUGGAGGAUGGGGUGCACAGGGCUGGGCUGUCUGGCAGUGCUGGCCAUGCUCUGCAGAGCUCUUGGGGAUGCUCCCAGCAGAGGCAUCAAAUGUGGGGGAGUACUUUCAGCACCCUCUGGCAACUUCUCCAGCCCCAACUUCCCGGGGCUGUAUCCCUACGAGACAGAGUGCACGUGGCUCAUCGUGGUGGCCGAGGGCUCCUCCGUCCUGCUCUCCUUCAGCCACUUCGAGCUGGAGUACCAUGACACCUGUGCCUACGACUACCUCCAGGUCUACAACGGGGCUGCCCGGGACCGGGGCAACCUCCUGGGUACCUUCUGUGGCCACAGGCUCCCGCCACCCUUCUCCUCUGCCUGGCACGUCAUGGCCGUGGUCUUCCGCUCCGACCGCCACGUGGCCAAGCGCGGCUUCGCCGCUGCCUACAGGAAAGAUGCCUGCGGUGGGCAGCUGACGGGGCUCUCUGGGGAGAUCACCAGCCCCCGCUACCCCGAGAGUUACCCCAACGAUGCCGAGUGCCGCUGGAGCAUCGGGGGGGCCAGCGGGGGUGGCCCCCUCACCCUGGUGUUUGCUGACUUCCAGAUGGAGGGGGGCCAAGGCUGUGGCUUUGACUACGUGGCCCUUUUUGAUGGCCCUACCAUCACUGCCCCCGGCCUGGGACGCUACUGCGGCAGCACCCGCCCGCCCCGCACCGUCUCCUCCACUCCCCACCUCCUGAUCGUCUUCAAGUCGGACUACAACAUUGGUGGCAGGGGCUUCAAAGCCCAUUUCUACUCAGGCGAGUGCCAGGAGGUGUUCACCACCAUCAAAGGGAAUUUCUCCAGCCCUCAGUACCCCAACUUCUACCCCAACAACCUCGAGUGCCAGUGGAGCAUCCAACUGCCCCCAGGCUACCGGGUCAAGGUCUUCUUCCUGGACAUGGAGCUGGAGGGCCGGAGCAGCCUGACGGGUGGCUGUGACUAUGAUCACUUGUCUGCCUUUGAUGGUGGCACCGAGAAUGGAUCCCUGCUGGGCCAGUGGUGCGGGUGGGAGAGCCUGGCACCCGUCACCUCCCGCAGCAACCGGCUGCUCCUGGUCCUCCACACCGACCGCAACACGGCCAAGAGGGGCUUCUCCAUCUCCUACGUGGGAGUUGUGCCCAUGAACGUCAGCUGCACCCGGACAGACUUCCACAUCCAGAUCCCUGUGCAGUCCCUGCCCCAGCUGGAGAGGAAUAGGAUUUAUUUGGGGACCCCCUCCUGUGCAGCCCAGGUGGUUGGCAGGAACUUUAAAAUACACACCAGGUUCGACACCUGUGGCACUGAAUCCCAGAGACGCAACAACACGUCUGUCAUCGUCAGCACCCUCUACAUUGAUUUUUCAGUGGGAGACCAGGAGGACAUCCACCAGUACGAGGUGCAGUGUGAGCCAAAGAGGAAAGAAGCCUCAGUGACCCUUAUUGCUGGCCCUGAUCCAUCCAGGCUCAGCCAGGCAGAAAACCUGGUGGAUGCCCAGAAGUGGGAGGGGGAAGCAAUUGAUGCCCGUGAAAUCAAGAGCCAGGACACCAGCGACAUCGUCUUCAUCAGCAUCUGCAUCCUGGCUGGGCUCCUCAUGGUCAUCGCAGUGGUGGGGCUGGUGCUUCUGUAGGAUGUUCCUUCCAGACUCCAGGGAUUGCAGACCCAGUCCUGCCCAGGGCAGAAAGGCACCUCAAAAUCCACCCUCACCCCAGGCUGAGCUCUAACACAGCUGACCAAACAGAGACACAGCUCUCAGGCCCUGAAACUGAGCCUGAGCCCAACCUCCACCUUCUCUUAGUGCCUGAAAAAUCUGGGCGAUAGGCAGCCAUUUCCCUUCCCAAUUUGUUUUCCUCUGUCUCAAUCUGUCCAUUUGGCUCAGGAAUGCAAUUCUUGUGCUCCCUAACUCUUCCCGCACCUGCUUCAAUUUGUUUUCCCUGUAGUGCUGCUGCUUUCAGGAAAGAAACGUUGUUUGCCGAUGGCUGCAAAUCUUCCUGUCAAUUAUUUCUAGCUGAAUUCUUGGAGGUACAAACCAUCCCCAAAUGUAGCUAUAUUCCCAACAAAUGUUCUCCGUGCUCCCAGCCCAUGCUUGGGGGGGAACUGUGGAGCUGUGUUACAGGGAUCUCCACCUGGCACACACAGAUGUAGCUCAUGUAGGUGCUCCCAGGUGAUGUUUCUGGGUGUCUGUGGGUGAUGUGAUGCAUUUGCUGUGCCCUGGAGCUCCUCGUUUGAUCUUCUCAGGUUGUCUCACCUUCUUGCAGGACUCACCUGAGUGCCUCAGCCACCAGCAGCUGGAGGGGAGGAGAAUAAUCCUCUUCUCCUCUGUGUUUUCCUCCUUUCCAGCAUAUCCAGGCAUCCACAGCUGUGAAUUCUCUACCAGCAUUACUCCUGAAGUUUGAAAACAUGGGCAAAUCCUGCUACGGCUUGGGGAGAUGUUGGAGUGUGGAGGUUUUGGUAACCCUGUAAAGACAACCUUGGCAGGAGGGGCUGGGACUUCAGUAACACCAGAUCUCUCGUGGUCCCUGCAGAAGAUGAGCUCAGCAUCUGAGAGCAUGAAAAGAAGAGUCCUGUGAUCAUCUGCCCCUCUAGAAAACUGGGGAUCCUCACCAAGAGCCCUGCUAGACGGCUAAAUGACCUCUGCCUGCCUCUUGUGCUACCCCAGCACAAAGGACAUUCCCCUUCAGCAUCAAAGAUGGGUGGCUGUCACAGAGCAGCCUGUGUUCAUCCCUGUGGGUCAGAGCCAGAGUGUGUCAAAGCCACAUGAAAUCUUGCUAUGGAAGGAGGCCACCCCUCCUCCUCCAGCCUUAGUGAAACACACUGCAGUGCAGAGAGAGAUUUUAAAGCAUCCCAGUGUGGUCAUUCAGGGGCACAGCAAACCCCUCGUGCUGUUAAAUUCAGCAUUUAGCCAGGACUGGUAGAAGAGUCCCUUUGGUGAGAGGCUGCCCUGACUGAUGUCCUGCUUCCCUCUGGGACAGCUCUGUUCAUCAGGGCAUCAGAGGAAGCAGCAGCAAAGGAAUAGGAUGAUGACUGAGCAGCUUUUCCUCCUGGAUUGCACCAGCCCUGAGAGAGUGUCUGGGGAGGGAGGAAGGCACAGGGCUGCGCAUGCCUCCUAACGAGGAGCCUUCGUUAUCAGAGCCCGGAUUGAUUUGGCGUUUGUUGGUGCAACACAUCGGCAAAUGCGAGAUUUCCGAGGGAAAUAUUUGCCAGCACUGUUAAGCUCCAUUAAGGGAAUGUUUUGAGAGCCUGUUGUGUGCAGAGAUGGUAAACAAGGCCAGCCUCCCCCGCUGCUUGCAAAGCCUCACUGCCGGUUAAUUGCUGGGUAUAGAACUGUCAGCCUGAGACCAUAGUUACAAGAUUUGACAACUGAAAGAAACUUAAAGAUAUAAUUAACCUUCUUGGUGGCCCAGAUUUUGCUGAAACAGGUGAGCACUGCGGCUGCUCGUGCCUGGCAGGGAGCCCACAGCACCCAGCAGCAUCCAGCCCUUGUCUGCAGGACAGGCACUCCUUGCCCAGCUGGAGCCUCCAGAACCCUGUGAUUUGCAGGGGAAAAGGCUUUUCUGGAUAGCUCUUGGUGUUGCACUCAAGUAAGGAGUUGGACCUGGUCACCCCAGGGAGGGUUUCCAGCUCUGGCUCCAGUUCACAGCCACCCAAGCAUCCCUGAGUGAAGUGCUCCCCUGCACACAUCCCUGUGGAUGCAGAACUAGUGCUGUGGGAGCAGCUUUGCUCCUGAGUCAAGGGGAUCCCUAGCUGCCCCAGGUCUGCAGGGUAUUAUCCAGGAGUCAUGGACAGGGUGAUUAAUGCAACUUGAAUGGCUCCAAAAGCCACUUGUUUCUGAUGGCAUUCACAGCUGCAUCUGCCACCAGCAGUGAGCCACUCAAGCCAGUCAUCUCACUUGGAGCAAGGAAAGCCUCUGGUGCUCACCAAACACCAGCCCUCCUCAGCCUCCAGUCCUCCUUCACCAUGUCUCAGCCUCUCCACUAGAUUUAGGCAUCUGGUCUCUCCCUGCCCUGCAGGAAUUUGCUCAGUGGCAUCCCCUGUUAAACCAGGUCUUCCCUGACAUACUGCCAGUAGCUGGGGAUGGAGCCCAGCAGGGGAGGAGGACUGCCCAGGUAAUUUCCUGAAAAAACCCUUCUUCUCAUGCAAAAGCUGCUCAGAUGAGUGGCAAACAGCUAUCAAGAAUCCAUCACCAGCACUCCUUCCCUCCACCAUGCCUGUGGUCCUCACACAUCAGGCCUCAGUUCCCCUCCUUAGUGUUUGCCCAGUGCUUCCCGAGCAAGCGGGAGAGCGGCGGGCACGGGCAGUGCUCCCAUUGCCCAUCUGAUUAUUUAUUUAGAGCACGAUGGCUGGAUUGAGCCGGGCUGGAUGCAGCCUCCCCAUUUCCUGGCUUUGCUUAUAGACAUGGAGUCGUGUCUCCCUGAAGCGAAGGCUUGGCUGUUGUGCGGGAGGGAGAGCCUCUGUUAUCCCUCUGCAAACGUCUGCCUGCAAAGCCAGUGAAGAACUGUUGGAAAAUUGUAGAUCAUAGAAAACAGGACUGCAAGAACCCCCAGGGGAUCAGUUGGUUCAUUCCUCUCCUUCCCUGGGGAGAUCGCUCCUACUGGA